AUGCUUGCGCUUAGAAAAUCCUCCCGUGGCUUCCAACCAUUAGCCAGCGUCGCAAAGAACAAGCUCAAUGGCCACAGCCGCAGCUAUGUAAGCGUGGCUGAACGAGUGCACCGGGUGACCAUGUUCAAGAUGCCCAAGGCUGAGGAUCAAGAAAGGUUCUUGGAGCAGUGUCGAAAGAUGGCUGUUAAUAACCAGAGGAAUGGUACUCCUUACAUACUCAGCAUGGUUGCCGGUCCUGUCGAAGAAGGCCCUCGCACUGAAGGCUAUACCUUCGUCAACAAGACUGAGUUUGCCAACAUGGACGAUAUGAAGUACUACGAGACUGAGUGUCCUGCUCAUGGAGAAGUAAAGAAAGUGUUGGGUGAGAUUACCAUAGAUGGGAUGAUGACCGUUUUCUUUAAGCCGCAGGCUACUGGAAGCACAUAG